AUGGCUGUACCUCAGCGCUUGUUCAAAGAUGAAAACCCAGCUCAGCAUGGACCCGAUGCUUCAUUCAACGGCAAGAUGACACCUCCUCAGGUAGCGGACCCUGCGUACCCCAUAAGAGAUGCUACAGAGGCAGAUGUACCGGGUAUGCUCGAAAUUUAUAACUGGUGCAUCCUCAAUAGCGUCGCGACAUUUGACUACGAUCCCUGGACCUUGGAGGACAGGUUGGGAUGGUUUCGUCAGUUUAAUGAGCAGCGGCCACUAAUUGUAGCUGAGGAUGCGUCGGGUACUGUGGUUGGAUAUUGCGGGAUAACUCAGUUCAACCCCAAGAAGGGUUACGACAAGACCGUAGAAAUAACACUCUACGUGCACCAUGAGCAUCUUCGCAAAGGCCUUGGAAAACGGCUAGCAAAAAUCAUUAUCGCACGAGCAAAGGCACUGGGCUACAAAAACAUUAUUGCCCUUGUUGCCCAGGAGAAUGAAGCAAGUGUCGUCCUGUUUAAAAAGUUGUGGUUUCAACAAUCUGGGUAUUUUCCUGCACUGGGGUACAAGUUUGGACGGGAUUUGGAUGUUGUCUAUAUGCAGCUUCAACUCUUUUCGUAACCACAAAGUGUCAAUUUGGUAGUGCCAGUAUAGUUUGACAAAUGGACUUCAUAGUGCUAUAGGCAGUUAUCAUGUACACCCUGGUCAUAGUAGUAGCAGGAGGGCUAUCAGAAAAUUUUCGGAACAGUUAUGCUCAUAACCAAUAUGAACGAUUUUAGUUAUCUACGGUCAAUAACCAUCAAAUAUCAAUAAAGUUGCCAACAUUUUUAACCCAAA